CGCUCAGAGUGAAACGGAAGCUCCCAUACGAAUUUCGUACGAAUCAUUUGCAAAAACAAUCUUAUCAAUCGUUUUUUUACAAAACAGUUGCAGAGGUUAUUUCAGUUCGUUCAGAAUGUCUAUUGCUAUCAAAAAUGUAUUGAUUUGUGAUGCGGUUGACAAAGCUUGCGUCGAACUAUUACAAAGCAAUGGCAUUAAUGUGGAUACAAAAUUAAAACUGCCCGUCAACGAAUUAUGUCGUGUGGUUAAAGAUUACAAUGCUGUUAUCGUACGCUCAGACACAAAGAUAACUGCGGAGGUUAUCAAAGCGGGCGCAGAGGGCGGCCAACUAAAGGUUGUGGGACGAGCUGGCGCUGGCGUCGACAAUAUUGAUGUGACUGCCGCUACACAACAUGGUGUUGUUGUAUUGAAUACACCAGGCGGAAAUUCAAUUUCAGCAUGUGAAUUGACUUGUCUCUUAAUUGGAACUUUGGCACGACCAAUUGUGCCAGCAGCGCAAAGUUUGAAGGAGGGACGUUGGGAUCGUAAGUUGUACAGUGGAUUUGAAUUGUAUGGCAAGACGCUUGCAAUUAUCGGUUUGGGACGUAUUGGACGAGAAGUGGCCAUACGUAUGAAGACAUGGGGUAUGCGUACGAUCGGUUACGAUCCUAUCACAACAGAAGAGGAAGCACGUGCGGCCGGCAUUGAAAAAAUGGAUUUGGAUAGUAUUUGGCCACUAGCCGAUUAUAUUACCGUUCAUACACCGCUCAUACCACAAACUAGGAAUUUAAUUUCAACUCAAACUUUGGCGAAGUGUAAGCGCGGUGUUAAGGUGGUGAAUGUGGCUCGUGGUGGCAUUAUUGACGAACAAGCUGUUAUCGAUGCGUUGGAAAGUGGCAUUUGUGCUGGCGCCGCCUUUGACGUGUACCCCGAAGAGCCGCCAAAGUCGGAGGUGACCAAAGCGUUGAUAGCACAUCCGAAAGUAGUGGCCACGCCACAUUUGGGUGCCAGCACUGCCGAAGCACAGGUGCGUGUAGCUGUUGAAGUGGCUGAGCAAUUCAUUGCCUUGACUGGAAAGUCACAAAAGUAUACAACCUAUCCGGGGGUAAUUAAUAAAGAUGUACUAAAAGCUUAAUAAUAAACAUUUGUUUUGAAUAAAUUUA